AUGUCUCAUUUAAUUCGACCGACAAGUCGGCAACGAGACCCGCCCCCUUCUUUAUUUCUACAUCCAUCCCCUUCAGCUUCAAAUACCUCCUUACCAAAUGCUCAUGCACCGGCUGUACCUUUCAUUGGACAGCAAUCAAAUCUGAGGAAGAAUGUUGAGCAUGCGCCGUCUGUAAAGUCUGGGCGUUCUGGAACCGUUGUGCCUCAGCGGGCUGGAUUAUAUCCUGCAGAGAGCACUCGCGCUACUGGCGAUCGCACUGAUCUCUUAUGGUCCGAAAUGCAAGCAACCUUGGAAGAAGUCGAACUGUCAGCCUCUGGAGGGACCCAUGUAUUUGGCCCAGAUCAUGACAGAAAACUGGCUGACCUACGAGCCGCUCAAAUUGCUCUCGCUCAAGCUUGGGCAAGAAGUGAAGCAGACGAUGUUAUAGAAACGGCACAACUCGAUCAUGUGGGGUCUGCUACUGGAUCCGAAGUUCGAAACAUGAAGGGUGCGUUGGGAGAUACGUCAAAGUCUGGCCUCGAAGGCACCGAGAGGAGUGCAGUUGGAAGCAGCAGCAUUUCGCGACCCAACAGCAGUGGCACGGGGGUAGAGAGACUGGGUCACAAGCUCGAAGAAGAGACAGAGGUGGACAUUCUUCUAGCAAGGAAACGACGGGAAGCCAACGAUCGAUAUUUCCAACGAGUCAACCAGGGUGUCAUUGAUGUUGUAACACGGCUAGAAGAUGUCGCCGUCGCCAUGAGAGCUGUUGAACAGGAGAGCAAGGAAGUCUGGUGCGAGAAUGAUAGUAUUCCUGGCGCGAGAGGUUGA